CAAGACCACAGGAACGCCCCUUUCUUGGAUGACUAACGUUUGGCUUGUUAUUUAGGCCUAUUCUGUUUAUAGUUUCAACUGGGAGAAAGACUUUUAAGUGUGUCCGUGAAUUUUGUUUAUUACAAUCUGUUUUUUGUUUGUUUUUAAAAUAGCGAAAUAGCGUGAUUCUGUCAUGCCUGCGCUUUAAGUUCCAGGAAUUAGAUGGGCCCUUUGUGAGAUUACUAUAUAUUUUAGCCAGCUGGGCUCAGCGUUUGCUGCAAUUCACUGAAGGGUAUUAAGAAGUGUUAUUAGAGGCUUUAAGUGUAUUUGUUGCACAGGUCCCCCUGUGUUGCUGCUCGCUUGAUAUUUAAGAGCUCACAUACCUCAACCGCCUCCCAGGAUCCGGAUAAAAUAGUUUCCAUGACGCUCGACGUGCCCUUGGCUCUACGGGCUUAGUAACUUCAAAAUAUCGCUGUAAAAUAUGGACACAGAAAAAGUCACAGAAACUUCAAAAACAUCCAAGGAUGAUUCUGAGAAGCCUGCAACGGAACUCAAAUCCAGGUCUGUCCUGCUGUCUCCUCCUGCUUUAUUUGUGGACACCUGAUGGUUUGCUGACAUUCUGGGGUCGGGGGUCCAAAGGUCGUGGUCGAGGGGGACGUAUGAGUAGAGGUGGCAUGCGUGGUGGACGGGGCAUGAUGAAAGGCUUUGGUCCACCAGGACCCGGGAGGGGUCGAGUGAAGGAUGGAGUCAUGAAUGGAUUUGGGCCCAUGAGAGGAAUGGGGAGGAUGCGUCCUUACCCAGACCUUAGAGGUCCUCGAGUUAGGGGUGGACCAAUGGGCAUGGGCCGCCCUCCUCCUCCCCCUCCCCCUCCUCCACCACCUCCUCCUCCUAUGCACCUCAGAGGCCCCUUUCCACCCAUGCCCAGGCAUGGACCCCCUCCACCCCCUCCUCCAGGUCAUCCUGGUUUCAGAGGGCGUCCACCACACCCUCGAGGCCGUGGCAUGCCACCCUCUGGACCUCCACGCCCCUUCCACCCCCGAGGCCCAAGAGGGGGGGCACACAGUACAGUUAACCUCCCGGGCCCCAAGGAACCCAGGCCCUCCCUCACAUCUCUCCCCUCCAUCAGCGGCAUGACACCUGAGGUUCGGCACGUCACUUGAAAAGGUGAGCCUCCUCUUGUGUCUUAAUCCCUAAACCCCUCCCUCUCUGAAAUGAGGAGAUUGUCUCUUUCAGGACGUGAAAGUGGAACAACCGCAGACCGGGUUACCGGGAUUGGUGAGAUUGAGUUUAGAUACUACUGUGAUAGCUUAACAUCCCAUUUAAUGUGUGGCCAUUCAAGGAAAAUGCAGGAAAAUAUGGGUAUGUACAUAGCUGAAAAAAUGGCGUACUUGAUUUAAUCCAUAGUUUUCUACUGAUGAAAUUCAGAUGUUUCAAUUAACACCUACUGGGACACAUGGUUAGCUGUAAUGGUAGCAUCCAUGCUGAUAAAGUUAAAAUAUCUACUGAUGGCAUGACCCACAGAUUUGACCAUGAAAUUUUACACUCCAGUCAUAACAUUUUAUUAUCAUUAUUAUUAUUAUUAUUAUUUUUUUUUUAAGAAAACCUUUUUCCCUGCUGGGUCACUGAGUCAGUGAAUCAGACUUUUACUGUACUUUUUUUCUGGCCAACAAAAAAGCCAGUUUAGUUACUUUAUAUAUUGGUAACUUAAUCUAUAAGAGCAUAAUUAGUGAUUUAAAGCUGUAAAAUAAAUGUGCAGUAAAUGCUCACUUUUAGAGAUUCCCUCCUGCAUGCUGAGGGUAUUAUUGUUAGAGGAUAGCUGCUGUCAGCUUGCAGCAAAAUUUACAAGAAAUCUGCCAAAUUAAAACCCUAGCAGUUUAUCUGCAUACAGAGGACAUUAAUUUAGCUUCUUUGUAAUUUAGUUAUUGCUUAACAAAUUAGACCACCUGUCAUUUAAAAAACAAAAAAACCCACAUAUAUUUUAGAAAUGUCAAAUCUUGUUUAAACCACAAUUAUAUUUGGCAAAUAAAUUGAAUUCAUUGUUUUAUACCAAAAUUUGAGCCAGGACACUGGACUUCUGAGGAGUCUGAAACUGAAUAAAAAUAAUUUACUUUUAAAUUUAAAAAAUCAUGGAUUAAACAAUUAUAUUUUAGCAUUAAAAAUAGCAUUUUGAUUAAAGAGCUUGUGAACGAGUGCAUUAACAUCACAAACAUAAUGUUUUUGUUUUUUUGUGCACGCGUGCUGUACACAGUCGCUGUGUAAGACAAACCAGUGUUGAUGGAAGCUGCUAGAAACAGCCCAUUAACAUUUGCUGUAUCCACACAGGUGGUUUCGUGAAGGGCCUUUAUUGUAUUUUAUGUGAUGAUAAAUCAUUAGUGUAAUUUUUUUCACUUUGCUUCACAGAAGAAUUGAUUGGUGGAAACACACAAACCCUUAUGAGCCAGCAGUUAGCCAAUCAAAGUGUUUAACAUAUGUUUGUACUGGUCUGUUGGUUAUGUUGAACUUUGAACUCGAUGUACAGUCUCUAGCACAAGAACACCACACUUACAAAUGCAGUUUAUCACAAGUGUUACAUUAGUUUCCAAACCAUUAUUUGUUUACCUUUAAUGGAGCCAAUGGUAUCAAUAUCAGACAUUGACACAUUUUGACUCUUCCACUGCAGCAAAAAGAAACUGUUAAACACUCAUACUUUGUCCUUUUGAAGAUAAUGCAUCAAAUGAAUACACACAAAAUGAGGUGCCAGUUGCUCAGAAUAUGUAUGCUGUAUAAGCUGUUGUGGUUUAUGUACACUGUUUUAAUAAAUGCACAAAGAAAA